AUGUCUCAAUCACACGAAGAUUCUGCGCAUUUCGCAGCAAAUCCACUUCAAGGCAUUACUUUAAGCUUCAAAGGAAUCUGCGCGUUUCUCAACUUUGACAUUUCGAAACGAUGGUUGGACGAAGACACCGAUCUCAAGCCUAUAAGUACAGCACUUUCUAAUCUGCUCAUGUCCUUCAAUUAUUAUGCCACAUAUCAGCUACCACCAUCAGCUGUUGAUACAAACAUGCCUGCACGUAUCAACUCAAUUAAGAGGCGUUUAGCUUCCGAAUGUAUACGCUCAAAGCAUCUCAUACCUCUAAUCAAUUCUAUCCUCGCCGAUGAGACAGAUAUCGAAAUUUGGAAGCAAUUGACUGACCUGGUGGAUUCUCUGGAGCCAAUCCCUCCGACCGUGAUGGAUGUUAGAUCGGCACCAUUCAUUGAUUCACGACACAUACGGUGUACGGCUCCGCUUGAAGGUCAGGACCAAUUCAUGGAAUCAUUGAAAGAUGAGCUUAGGACCGAACUGGCAGGCACAAUUUUUGAGAAUGUCGACGGCUUCUACAAAAAGUACUUUGAGGGGACUACUUGGGCUAACAAGUGUAAGGAUAUUGCAAAGCGCUACGUGAACAGGCGAGAUAAAGUGAGCUUCCAGUUCCCCACCAAUCCAACGGAAGCCAAUGUUUGGGAAUGGAUCAAGGCGGUUCAAGCGAGAUUUAUCGAGCCUUACAAGCCAUACAAGACGUCCAAGGAACAGAAACCUAUCCCUCUCCGCGCUGAGACGUUCCAGACUACGGGACCUGGGCAGAUAAAUGGUGGAUUGGCUCCGCGGCAAAUUGAUAUCUUCCUCAAGAGCCGCCAUCUCCCAGCUCGUACUCCCCACGACUGGCGAGACGUUCUUGUUAUAGGCGAGCUGACGACCUCACCCGUUGGGAAAUGGACCGACAAGUUUCUCCAGCUCUCGGUUUACAUGCGAGAGGUAUUUGCGGCGCAGCCAUUGCGACGAUUUGUGCAUGGGUUUCUAAUGUUCGGAACACAACUGCAGCUCUGGAUUUCUUGGAGAGCUGUAGGACGCAAGUCGGAAGCUGAACUUCUUUUGAAGGCACGGGGCGUUCGAGGGCUAGCGAUACUGAUUGGAUCGAGCGAUACCUGCAAGAUUAGUGAACUUCGCAGCGAGCUUACUUUCACGGAAGGAAUGAAAAAAGAUAUUCAUCCACCUGAAUCCAAGAUGACGACGGCAUGCAACUCAGCACAAUCUGGGUCUUUAAACUCAGGUGAAAGCGCCGAGCUAAAUGGAGGUGUCAAGCGUGGCAGCGAGUUCAUCGACGGUGAUAAUAAGCAAGAAAUCCGAAGGAGCAAGAGGGCGUGUGUCGUAAAUAUUUCAAGGCAAGCUCAGCUCAACGCCGCGAUAGCAAGAAUACGCAAAAGCGUCAAAUCUGGCGCCUCAGGAAGCAAAACUGGAGCGAAAAAUGGGUCAAAGACGUCGGAAGCUAAUGCGAAUCCCGCGAUUGAACAAGCAGCUUCAGAAACGCCUACGGCACAGGAUAAUAUGGCGACAGAAAGCAGCCUUGAUAGGAACAGAGAUACUGAUGACAACAACGCCAACACCGAUGUGGACAUGUUACCUGAGCGAGAUAUGAAGAAGCUCUGCAUAACAAGCAAUACUGGAGAAUCAGAUUUGGAAGCCAGCGCCGGGCCUGUGACUACGCAAGAAAACGACGUCCCAGGAGCCUCAGGCGAACAAGCGCUUGUUGAUGCAGAGAUGAAAACUUCGGCACCUGUUCCAGAUGUCACCAAUACUGAUUCUCCGACGAUUUAUAGGAAUCGUUGGAAGACAGUUAUCGCAUCGAAACCUUUCGGACGUGCCAUCGAUGAAGAUACAACACCCCUUGAACUGAUUUGCGGGCUACGCGACGCAAUUAAGGGUCACAAGUCACUUUUUAUGGAUUCGAAGAUAUUGCACCGCGAUAUAUCGACAAAUAAUAUUAUAUUGACAGAACCGAAGCUCAAUGAUGGUUGUCAUGGGGUGUUGAUAGACUUGGACCUGGCAAUUUCGUUGAGUGACGAUAGUUGUUCAGCAGAUGCCAAGCUCCUGACGGGGACGACGGAGUUUAUCGCACUCGGUAUUUUGGAUGCUCAUGCAAAUCCAACGGGGAAUGGGGUUGUUCAUUCUUAUCGACACGAUCUGGAAUCAUUCUUCUAUGUACUCAUUUCGGUCUGCAUACGUCUUGGAUGGCCUUCGAAAAAGUCACCUUUUAUUGGCACGCUAAGGAAAUGGUACAAGGACUUCAAAAACAAAAUACUGAAUGUAUUCUCGCCAAAAUUUGAUUGUGUGAAAGAGCUGGCUUCAAAGUUGCGCAUCAAGCUGUUUCAAAGAAAUAUCGAUCCGUGUAUAGAGACCGACCCGUUUCCCGAAGAUCUUUAUAACUCGAUACUGAAAGCUUUCGACGAGGAAAUUGUAAAGAUGAAGCAUGAGUCGCAUCCUUCAGUAAUACUCAUUACUCUUCAUCAAAAGUAUAAACAUUUACUGACUCGUCGUCUUUAA